GCGGCGGCGGCGGCGCCCUGAGGGAACUGGACGAGGUCGACCUGUCCAACUUGUCCCCGGAGGAGCGAUGGAGGGUCGAGCACGCACGAAUGCACGCCAAACACCGCGGCCACGAGGCCAUGCACGCCGAGAUGGUCCUCAUCCUCAUCGCCACCCUCGUGGUGGCCCAGCUGCUCCUGGUGCAGUGGAAGCAGCGGCACCCUCGCUCCUACAACUGAAGCUGCACUGGUGGAGGUUCCUGGUCAUCUGGGUCCUGUUCUCCGCCGUCACCGCCUUCGUCACCUACCGGGCCACCCGCAAGCCGCUCGUGCGGACCACCCCACGGCUAGUGUACAAGUGGUUUCUGCUCAUCUACAAAAUCAGUUACGCUACCGGGAUCGUCGGCUACAUGGCCGUCAUGUUUACCCUCUUUGGUCUUAACUUGUUAUUCCGAAUCAAACCCGAGGACGCGAUGGACUUCGGCAUCUCCCUCCUGUUCUACGGACUCUACUACGGCGUCCUGGAGCGGGACUUUGCCGAGAUGUGCGCGGAUUACAUGGCGUCCACCAUCGGGUUCUACAGCGCCUCGGGGAUGCCCACCAAGCACCUCUCGGACAGCGUCUGCGCCGUGUGUGGCCAGCGGAUCUUCGUGGACGUCAACGAGGAGGGCAUCAUCGAGAACACCUACCGGCUGUCCUGCAACCAUGUCUUCCAUGAGUUCUGCAUCCGUGGCUGGUGCAUCGUGGGGAAGAAGCAGACGUGUCCGUACUGCAAGGAGAAGGUGGAUCUGAAACGGAUGUUCAGUAACCCCUGGGAGCGGCCCCACGUCCUGUACGGACAGCUGCUGGACUGGCUGCGUUACCUGGUGGCGUGGCAGCCCGUCAUCAUCGGUCUGGUCCAAGGCAUCAACUACAUCCUGGGCCUGGAGUGACGCCGACGCCGCGGGGAGGCCGAGGCCCGGACGGGGUGUGGGGGGGUCCCCCACCCCCACCCCGCCCCUCCCGCCGGCCCAGCCGAGCUCCAGGGAGAGACUCUGCCGUGGGGCGGGGGGCAGGAGCCCCCAGGCCCUGACCCGCAGCGGUGGGCCCACGCUGGGACGGUUCUUUUUAAGAAAAGAAUAUUUUAAUGAAUAUAUUUAAAAACUUUUUUUAACGGUGGAGUCAAAAGACACCCAGUCCCCGGGGCCGGAAUCGGGGCUCCCGGCAGCCCAAGGGGUUGCGCGUGCGAGGUUCGGGCCGGGCGUCGUCUCCCCGCUCCCAGCAAACCCUCCCGCGGGCCGGGGUGCGGGUUACCGUGGUUGGCACUGCCCCGGCACCCGGCCUCCCGGGGGUCGGGGGUGGGCGCGGACCGGCCGAGGCUGUGCCUCUGUCCCCGGGCCCGGCCCUUCUGGGACUUGCUCCGGGCCCCCCGCUGCACCGGCUCCUCCGGGACCCUGCCAGGCCCGGCCCAACGAGCUGCCUCAGUGUGCCAAACUCCAGCAGCCAACCCCGAGCCUUAGUGGCCUCGGGGCCGGCUCCCGUGGCCCGAAUCUGAGCCCCUCCUAAGCUGGGAGGAGUGCAAAGAGGGCUUGGGGAGCGAAGUCUAUGGAUGUGGGCGGGCUGUCUGGCAGUGAGACCGUCAUAGUUUCAUUUAGGGCUCUGCCCUGGGUCUGGGCAGGAGGAGGGGAGGGGGACGGAUCCCGGGCCGGUCCUGUCCUGUGCUCAAGACUAUCAUAGUUUCAUCUAGGGCUCUGGGCAGGAGGGGAACGGAUCCCGGGCCGGUCCCAUCCUGCGCUCACCGUCUUGGCCAGGCCGUGGGACAGGGAGGGGUUGGGGCACACGCAGCCAAGAGAGGCCCCGUCCACACUGGCCCAGGCGGCCAUACCGGGCUCCAGCUGGGGACGGGCAGGCUGCAGUCCGGUCCCACAGCUGGUG